AUGGCACUAAACCGUCAAAAGUACCUGGUGCUGGUUGUGCUGAUUAUCUGUGCUUCAACUCUUUACGUGUUGGGGGGCGUGGACCACGCACGGGAUCACUUGAAGUCUGGCUAUUUUAAACUCCAGCAGAACGGCCCAGGCGGUUUGUACAAGGACAAGGACGUGGGUGGUGGCUUUGAUUUGAAGCGGGUCUAUCCAGACUUAGACAUGUGUAUGCGGUACGAAAGUCCCGAAGUCUGGCGAGCAGAGAACAUGUUCAAGGAGCGGGCCGGCCAACCAGGCCCGGACAGGGGUCGCGAGAUCCCGCGGCCACCGCAGGCCCCUCCGUCGCACUUCAAGACCGCGGCAAAGUACCUGGAGCAAACAUUGGUCGCAGAUUAUCCGUCGGAGUUAAUCAACGAUGUUUUUCUAAUGCUCAAAACCGGUGGCACAGUUAUGUGGGAACGCCUGCCCAUCCAUCUGUUCACCACCCUCACGCGGACGAAAAACUUUGCUAUUUAUUCUGACUUUGCUGGGUCGAUUGGAGGUUACGAGGUUAUUGACAUUUUACGAGAUCUCCCCGAAAAUGUUAUGAAGCACGAGCAGCUCACAUCUUACCGUUUAAUGCGAAAAGUCCACCGCGAAGGUUAUCGCUGGGAUAUUUCGGAUCUCGACUUCCAUGACCGUAAUGAUGGCUGGGCUAACGAUAAGUUCAAGAACAUGCCUAUGCUUUGGGAUGCCUACAAGCGAAGCCCGAAUUCUAAAUGGUUCGUGUUCAUGGACGACGACACCUAUAUCAUGUGGGACAACUUGGUACAGUAUCUUGCGACCUUGAAUCAUACCGAGAGGUAUUAUAUUGGCUCUCCAGCAGGCAUGAUGGAAGUCAAACAUCAUGGUGAGAAAAUGUCGACGUUUGGCCACGGUGGCUCUGGUGUCGCCAUAUCGAAGGCAGCCAUGGACGCACUUUUUGGUCCCAAGGCCAAGGAGGAAACCAAGGCAAUGUUGGACCACUGGGCCGGCACAACACUUGGCUCUUGUUGCGGCGAUUUGAUGGUGUCUUGGAUAUUGUUCGAAGUUGCCAAUACAACGCUACUUGAUAACCCCGGCGCCCGGUUCCAAGGGGAGCCCAUAGCCACUUUACAUCACGAAAAAGAUAACAUGUGUCAAAGAGUGCUGUCUUUCCAUCACAUUACUGGUCAUGACACCGAAAUUUUAUGGGAAUAUGAGCGUUUGUCUCCUCCUGGCAAGCCUCUCCUAUUUAAUGAUUUUUACAGAGACUUUGUCCUGCCGUUUGUUGUGGAGGAGCGUGAAGAUUGGUAUAUGUCUCAUCAUUCGUAUGAGAUCAGAGCUGACGAGAACAUGCCUUUCAAGGAUAGCAAUGGAGUAGACAUUUUCCCAUAUGCAACAAAGGAAGACUGCCGUGCUGCCUGUGAAGCUCAUGAUGUAUGCUACGUCUGGAGUUUCUGGGAAGGUAAUUGCGAGCUUAAGCACCAUGCUAUCAUUUUGGGUAAAAAGGCCAACAAAGACUACCGUGGCUAUAAGGAGAAGUUCGGUAAUGCCCCAAAGGUAUACACGGGCUGGAUGGUUGACCGCAUCCGAAAACUUCGUGCUAAAAUUCCAUGUGACCCCUUGCAAUACAAUGAAGAAACCGGUCAAUUCAACGACACUCCUGAAACUGCGGAGGGCUGGGCACUUCGUCAACAGUCCUGGGAGGAUGUUGAAGCCAUUCGAAAUAAUCCAUGA